AUGGACGACACAGAGCCAGGCUCAGCUAUACUAUCUCCACCUGUUGAGUCUGCUGCAGCUGUUCCUCUGGAUUCUCCAAUCCGCACUACCCCAAUACACCUAAAACUCAUGGAUGUCCAAGUGCCAGAAGGACCCCUUGAAAGAUACUUCUACAACCCAAUUACUUGUCAACCGAUCAACGAGCAAGAUGUUUCCUCUGAACUUGAGCAAUUGCGCCAACAAUAUCCAAACAAAGAGGCCGCUUUAAAGGCGCAGGAAUGGAUCGCUAUGGAGGCAAAGAAGAAAAUUGACGAAAUCGAGAAGAAGAAAGAGCAGGUCCAAAAAGCUGUGGACAAGAAACUUAAGGAGCGAGAUACCGAGCUGAAAGUAUUAUCCAAGUACCAACAAGUCAAGGCUGUGGACAUUCCGUCUUGA